AUGAAUCUUGAAAAGCUCAAACAAGGAGAUGAUCCCUACAUGCAAUUUGAUAAGAUGCACUUUCGUAACUAUCUUCCAGCGGAGAUCGAGAAGUUGAGCAUAUUAAAAAUCACCUCGACAAAAACGUUUGAUUCGGUCGGCCAACCUGUUCCGAAUGGUCUUUACGAUGGGCGAAUGGGAGCCAACGAACAAUAUGAUACUUGUGGAACUUGCCAUCUCAGUGACAUUUAUUGCCCAGGACAUGUUGGACAUAUUGAGCUGUGUGUUCCUGUGUUCAACCCGAUGCACUUUCGAUUUUUAUUUUCGUUGAUGAAAGGAACUUGUAUGCAUUGUCAUGGACUUUUUCUCGAUUCCACCAACAAGAAAGCCCGACAAUUUCUUGCAAGGUUACGAUGUAUUGAGCUAAAUCUCCCCGAUCUCAUUCCAAUUGUUGAGGCGGAACUAGAAAACUUGGAGAGCAGGACACAGAAAACCCUUGAAACAUAUCGAGAUCCGACAGAAGAGUUCAAUCGAGUUUUGGAGUCAUUUAUUGAAGAAAAGACAAAAGCUUCUAUUAAACAACUUCAAGCGUCUGUUGCUCAUGUGAAGCCACACAAAACACUUGUCGAUUUGAAAUAUCACUACUUGAAGGAAUUUCAGUUAGUAAUGUUUAAACGGGUACGCAAAUGUCCUCGAUGUACCAGAAUAAAUGGCUCAAUAUUCAACGACGAUAUGCGAUGUAUAAUUAUCGAUUUUACAAAUACAAAGAAAGAUAAGUCGUCCAUGAGAAAAGGCAAACCAACACCAGACGAAGAUGCAUCCGAUGAGGAAGAAGAGGCAUUGAUUGAGGAGAAAAAAGAUGUCAAAGAUGGUGGAGUUUUGGCGGGGAACGCGGCAAAUACAGGCGCUGAAGCACUUCAGCGACAGCUACAGUCGAUUUUGGAAGGAAAAUGCCAAAAAUUAGCUUGGCGUGGGGCUGAAAUGCGAGAACAUUUUCGGCUUGUCUGGGCAAAAGAUGGACAUCUAUUGCGCAAAUGUUUUCCAAUGUUCGAAGAUGAAUCAAACGGUUGUCCACUUGAUGGACUUUUUUGUGAAGCCGUGCUUGUACCUCCGAACAAAUUUCGACCCAUACGUAUGAUGGCUGGAGAUAGGUACGAGCAUCCCGCGUCGGUGAAUUUGAGAAAGCUUUUGGAAGCAAAUGAGGCGGUGAAGUGUCUUGUGAUCAUCAUGGAGAAUUCGGCACCAAUGAAACGCCCUGAAUUAAUAGAUUUUGUACGAAGGAUGGGGAUUUUUGGAAAUAGUGAACACGCAAUGAUGCAUCAAGCUUACAAAAAUCUCCAAAAUCGAAUGAAUCUGAUUUUUGACGCUGAUGCCGACAAAUAUCAACGCGAAGAGCAAAAAAUUCCUGGCAUUAAACAAAUUUUGGAGAAGAAAGAGGGUCUUUUCAGAAUGAAUAUGAUGGGAAAGCGUGUCAAUUAUGCUUGUCGCUCUGUGAUCACACCUGAUCCCUACUUGGAUGUCGAUGAAAUUGGCAUUCCUGAGGUUUUUGCGAAGAAACUCACAUUUGCCGAGCCAGUUAAUGCAUUGAACAUCAAACAGAUGCGGAAACUUGUGAAGAAAGGACCAAAUCAAUACCCUGGAGCAAAUGGUGUUUUGACGUCCGUAGGCAAGAAAAUUAUUCUUGUUGGUGAUAAGGAUGAGGAACGAGAAGCAAUGUCCAAACAAUUACAUAUUUCGGAUGCUAACCGACUGAGAGCGCCUUUUAAGGUUUUACGGCAUGUGAAGAAGGGAGAUCUCUUUGUGAUGAACCGUCAACCAUCCCUUCACAAACCGUCAAUGAUGGGGCAUCGUGCACGAAUCUUGAAAGGUCAACGAGCAUUACGUUUGAAUUACGCCCCAUGCAAAGCCUACAAUGCGGAUUUUGACGGUGACGAGAUGAAUGGCCACUUCACGCAAUCAUACCAAGCUCAAGUUGAAGUCGGAGAGAUAGCAAAUGUCGGCAACAACUUUUUGGUGCCAAAAGAUGCCUCACCUCUACUCGGACUUAUUCAAGAUCACGUUGUGUCAGGAGUGCUUUUAACUUUACGAGGUCGUAUGUUUAAUCGAGAAGACUUCAUGCACCUUGUGUUGGCUGCAUUCUCUGAAACGACUCAACGCCUGGAAAUUCCACCGCCUUGUAUGAUCAAACCAGAACGAUUGUGGUCUGGAAAACAAGUCAUUUCGACAAUUGUUUUGAAUUGUAUACCUGCGGGUUAUCCAAAAGUCAACCUCACUGGAAAAGCAAAAACACCGGUCAAAUGUUGGAAGGUUCGCGAGAAGGAUCCUCCAACAUUCCGAAUGUCAGAAAGUGAAGUCAUCUUUAGACAAGGUGAACUGCUAUGCGGUGUAUUGGACAAAAACCACUUUGGCGCUUCGGAAUUCGGUCUCACACAUUGCUUCUUUGAUCUAUAUGGACAUCGAACUGGCAUCAAAAUUCUUUCCUGUUUUUCCCGACUUUUCACCACAUAUCUUCAGUACCAUGGCUUCACUCUUGGAGUAGCUGAUAUUUUGUGCCUACCAAAUGCGGAUAAACGUCGGAAAAAGGCUAUCAAAGGAGUGAGAACAAUUGGAGAUCAGGUUGCGAUCGAUGCUUUUGGACUUGGAGCCGAUGCUUCACAAAAUGAAAUUAAAUUGGCACUUGCGGCAACUUAUUGCAAUCCAAAAGGAGUUGGAGCCGAUCUUGCUGCGCUUGAUCGAACAAUGAAACGAGGAAUUACACCAUACAACGAUAAAAUUAACAAGGCUUGUGUGCCUGAUGGCCUAGUACGGUUAUUCCCGCAAAAUGGGCUUCAAAUGAUGAUUGAAAGUGGUGCAAAAGGAUCCACAGUGAACGCAAUGCAGAUUUCAUGUUCUUUGGGACAAAUUGAACUUGAAGGAAAGCGUAUGGCCGCGACAGUUGCAGGCAGAACACUUCCAUCGUUUAGAUCGUUUGAUUCUUCACCAAGGGCCGGAGGUUAUAUCGAUCAACGCUUCAUGACUGGAAUUAAUCCACAAGAACUGUUUUUUCACACAAUGGCCGGAAGAGAAGGACUUAUUGAUACUGCUGUGAAAACUUCACGUUCCGGAUAUUUGCAACGAUGUAUCAUUAAACAUUUGGAAGGGAUAAAGGUCCAUUAUGAUGCAACUUGUAGAGAUCAUGAUGGUUCAAUUAUCCAGUUUCGCUACGGGGAAGACGGAAUGGACGUGUGUGAAAGUAGUUAUAUGACAUCCGCUGAUCAAUACGAGUUUAUGCGAUCGAAUUUGGACAUAAUUGAAAAAUCUGUAAAACCCGAAGGGAUAUCUGCGAGAGAUUUGCAAAUACACGAAGCAACCGAACACUAUGAAAAGGUCAAAAAGCACCGUAAGACCAUUCUUUCAUUGUCGAAACGAGGAAAGGGCCGGAAUGCUGCUUUUUGUGCGUUUUCAUUCGAGCAUACUGGAACAAAGAAAGAGGAUAUUGUCAAAAUGUGGCAAGAACUGAGCGAAGAUGAACGUGACUUUUACAGAAAGAGUGUUUGUGGAAGGGUUAUGGAUACAGUUGAUGAAGCAUUCAACUCAACGAGAACACUCGGAGCACUACCUGAAGCCAUUUUGGACAAAAUUGACAGCUUCUCCGAUCAGAUUUUAAAGAAAUACGAGAAGAUCACUCAAAUUCGGGAAAAAAGCGGAUCUCGCCUUUUCGAGCAGGAUGAAGACUUGUUGAACGCGGAACGUUUAAAAAGGACUCUCUAUUGGAAAGGGAUGAAAUCACGUGCUGUGGCUGGGGAAAAUGUUGGUUUGCUAGCUGCACAGUCAAUUGGAGAACCAUCCACACAGAUGACAUUGAACACUUUUCACUUUGCCGGACGUGGUGAAAUGAACGUGACAUUGGGCAUUCCUCGACUUCGAGAAAUUUUGAUGACCUCGGGCAAGAAUAUUGCCACUCCCACUGCUGAGAUCUGUUUGCACAAGCAUGCCUGUGCUUCAGAUGUUGAGAAAAUUAAACAAGUACUUGAUCGGAUUUACUUACGGCAAGUUUUGAAGUGUUUCACGGUUGAAGAGCGAGUGAAUGUACAGAAAGGCAUCGGUCAACUUAGUUCACGACGAUUUGUGUUACGACUGGAGUUGUUGAAGAAGUCAAAACGAGAGAAAGAACUUCGUCAUAUUUCAAAUCGAAAAAUUUUGGCUAUGAUUGAGGCUCUCCACAAAGAUGCCAGAAGCAACAAAAAGAAAGAAGCUGACGGUGAUGAUGAAGGACAAAUUGAAAGGGGAGUAAAAGGAUUCAUUCAGAAAUUGACAAUCGAGUUGCAAAAGAAGCUGACCGCCACUCAGAAAGAAGAAGCAAUACACAUUAAGAGGGUGCGAAUCGGAAAUCUUGAACUUGGUUUGACAAAGGAUAAUCAAGAUGGAUUGCAGGACCGAUUUAAUAAGAGACAAGAUGCAGGAGAUUCUAGUGAUGAAGAGGCAGCUGGUGGUAAAGAGGCUGAUGCGGAUGAAAGACGGCUUCACAAUAGACAUAGAGACGAUGCUGCGGAAUAUGAAGGAGAAGAGGAAGAUCGAGAGGCACUCCCUGAUCGGGAAGAGGAAGAACAUUUUGAAAAUGAAGAUUUGGAAGAUAAAGAGGAUUUGGGCUAUGGAGAUGAGGCAAAAGGAUCUGAUGAAAAUGGCGAAGAAGCACAAAAUAAACGAAGACAGUCCUUGGCCUCGGAAAUUCAACGACGAGUUGAAAGUGUUCGUUCAAUUAGUCCCAACAUCGAUGGGUACAAAUUUGACCAGAACAACAACCUUUGGUGCGAGUUGACGAUCAAAGUUCCGCUUGUAGUAUAUUCUAAGAUCGACUUUGCUAAACUUGUGGGAAAUGUUGUCGAUUCAUUCGUGGUGAGUGGAGUGCGAAAUAUCGAAAAGUGUGUCUACGAUCCUGAUCGAAAUAUAUUGAGUACACAAGGAGUAAAUAGAGAGGUUCUUUUUGCCUUUUCAAACAUUUUGGACAUGAAUACGUUCUACUCAAACGAUUUGACGCUGAUGCUUGAUCUAUAUGGGAUCGAAUCGUGUGCAAAGGCUAUAGUUAAGGAGAUGUCAAACGUUUUUGGUGUUUACGGAAUUCGACCCUCCAAACGACAUCUCACACUUACCGCUGAUUACAUGACAUUCAAUGGAGAUAUUCAGCCUUUCAAUCGUACAGCGAUGAACUCUUCGGCUUCUCCAUUGCAAAAGAUGACUUUUGAGACGACGAUAGACUUUAUGCGCAAGUCACUCAUCAAUGGUGAUGUCGAUCAUUUGAGCUCACCAUCUGCUCGAAUUGUGCUGGGUUCAUUGAAUCGUGGAGGAACGGGUGCUUUUGAUGUGUUUGUCGAUCCGCAACAACUUUUGGAACAA